AUGCCCUUGGCCACUCUCCAGAUUUUUGAUGCAGUUGGGCAAUCAAAAUUUGUUCUAAAGAACCUUCAGAAUUACACAGACCACCCAAAUUUGCGCCACUACUACGAGCCAUUGAAGCCCACAGCACUGCAGAGAUUCCUGAUUCAAAGUCAGAAAAUCAAAAGCUUCAUGUUAAAAGUGUCAGAUUUUGAUCGGGAUAAGACUUUACUGAUUUUGACCAACAACCCACCUCCCUUCCCAUUUGACCAGCAUGGAAGGGACUUCACACCCAGCUACUUUCCCAAGGAGUUUCUGCUCAAGGAAAGUUAUCAUCACCCUAAGCCCAUCGAGAAUUUCUGGCUACCUCUGAUGUCCCAUAAAAAAAGGUUAAAGUCUGGGCUUAAACCAGUCUUCCCUGUGACAGUGCUGGAGGAUUCUACAUCCAAACAAGAACAAUGGUUUAGGUCUUUCAAGCCUCACCUUGUUUUCCAAGACCCUCUGGGAAGAGUCACCAGCGAGGUCUCUUGUUUCGUUACAGUUUCCAAGAAGUCAGGGAGUGACAAGUCGACUCCCAAGACCUGGGAACCACUGACCCUCGCCUCGCUCCUGGAACAGGCUCCCACCAGGACUGCGCCCGGGGAGAGCGCUUUCCGCUACGGGAGGGCCCCGCAAUGGAUCGUGAAAAAAAGCCUCUGUGUUUGA